UUCAUUUUUAUUGUAAAAAAAAAUACAAAAAAAUAUUGGUCUGCGAAGUGCUCAAAAACUUGGUUGUGCAGGCAGCCUGGUAAAUGAAAUGCAUCCUUUCAGAGGGUGCUCUAUAAUGACCACGUACGGGGCAUGCGCGUUUCUGCAAGGCCAGUUUCCAUAGCAGUGGUCUCACCUCAAGAUAAGUUCUCCAACUUAUGAUGACUGACUGACACCCGCAGUGCCAGUUCCUUUGAUGUGGAUCUUGUUAUGGACUUACAUACGCUCAAUUUUAUAUAGCCUAGUAGCCUUCCUAAUUAUUGCCUGAUCGAUUGAUUCAGUGACCUUUUGCGUUUUGGCAAGAGACGGUAGUUGAGACAAAAGUCCGACUGAUUGGGGGAAAGAAACAAUUAUGGGCAAUCAAGACCGUGAAUUCUGCUUCUCAUUUUGAGCAAAUAUUUUUUGGGGUUAUCACAGUGUUUUUCGUUUAUUGUACGCCAUCCGACAAAAUAUGAGCUGUUUUGAGCGGGGGCUGAGGCGGACGGCCCCUGCACACGGCAGCAGCAGGAAUGAGCUGGUGACCCCCUCGACGGCAUCUCUCUCCAGGGUUAACGGCUGGGCCUGUCCCCCUCACUCCUUCCAGCUGGUGGGAUGGGCAAUAUACAGCUACAUGGCUGUAGUUGGCUUUGGGAUCUAUAUCCCACUACUACCUUCACCCUGGAGCCACAUGGCCUACUCUCUGACUGGUGCAGCCUUCAUUGUGCACCUGGUCACCCAUCUAGCUGCCGUGUCAAUAAACCCAGCAGAGGCAGGCGUCCGAGCCAAGAAGAGCUACUCCAACCCACUGCCUGUCUUUGACAAGAAGAAACAACCACAUGUUAUCCACAACCUACACUGCUACCUGUGUAAAAUCAAUGUGGACCCCAAAGUGAAACACUGUGGCGUGUGCAACAAGUGUAUUGAAGACUUUGACCACCACUGUAAAUGGCUGAACAACUGUGUGGGGGGACAGAACUACUGGUACUUCUUUGUGACGGUGUUAUCUGCUACGCUGGGCGUCCUCGUGCUCCUCAUGGUCAUCCUGUUCAUCUUCAUCCAGUAUUAUAUGGACCCCGGCAGUCUCCGCACCGCACCGCAGUUUAUCAGUGUGUUGAGUAACGGGACGUGGCUGGUCUUCCUGCCCCUGGUGCCCAUGGAGACAAGCUCAGUCAGUCUCCUGGUUGUAGCCUUCCUCACGGUCAUGCUGGCUACUGGCUCUCUGCUGCUGCUGGUUCACCUGCUGGGCUUCCACAUCUAUCUCUUGUUAAACAAAAUGAGCACGUAUGACUACAUUAUAACGCGACGGCGUAAACAGGCCAGCAGCCAGGACAUAGAGAUGGGCUUGCCCCAGUCAUCUGACAGCAAUGGCAACGCAGGACAGAAUUAUCCGCCAAUGGAACCCUCCAUCGACUGUGAUGCAUCGUUGUCAGACGGUGUCAGCUGCAAGAAUCAGGAAACAGGAACUAUUUCAAGUCAACUCUCUGGAUCUUUCUGUACUGAGUUGGACAACUUUACUAAAUCAUCAGAAAAGGAAAAUGGCUUUUGCUAUGGCACAGAGCUACCCACCCAGAUUAUACCAGGUGAAGUGGUGAUGGACGACCCCUUGGGCUGGAGGUCGGGUGGAGGCGGAGAGGGCCCCAGAGAAGGCCAGUGUGAUGGGGUCUGUGCACGGGGUCUGGGUCCCCUGCGUUGACAGAGCUCAUCAGUAGCUGGUCUCUGAUGCUCUACAGGGGCCACACACAGUACCUGAGGAACUAAAGACAUGGACACACCAUAACGAACGUCGGCCGUGUGCAGUACAGUAGAUCACCUACUGGAUGUUGACUAACUGUGGUCGAUACAACAUGUCAAAUCUUUGGGAAAUGAACAAAAAAUGACUUGUCGAUGUUGUUUGGUCAGAAGCCAUCGAAUCGGCCACCGGCAGCAGUAUCUACCUUGGGGAAGGAUUAGAGAAUGUUCAUGCUGGAUUGAAAUCACCAUGAUGCCGCUGUUGUUGCCUAUGAGGAUCACCACUUGGAUCUGGACAUGAAACUUUGGAUUCCCGAGCUUCUAAAAUGCAUCAUGGAAUGUUAUGAAAUGGGCUAGUGAAUAGAACACAUUGGAAUGUAACCUGGAUUCCUAUGGAAGAGGACAGACAAUGGGAUUUCUCACAUAUUGACUGCGAGGGGUGACAUUGGCUUUUUUAUAAUAUGCAAUGGGCUAUUUUAAUAGGAUAUUUAGACUGAAUGAUGGGAAGGACAUUAUUUAUUUUGUAGCAAUUUUAUAUAUUUGAUCUGAUCACAUUUUAAGGAAUUGUUUUACCUAUGUUCAUUUGGCAAAUUAAAAAUCAUAAAGUUCUUGCCUGAAUGUAAUAAUAAAAUGUGUAAACAUACUGUACAAACUCCUGAGUUAAAUAAUGUUCCAUUCCCAGGUUAACCACACGGUGGAGCUAUUGAGACUCAUCGAACUACAAUAAAUCGAAUAAAUUUA